GAAACAGACAAAAAGUGAUGCAUGCAUGGUCAUCAUUAUGAUCAAUUCAGUGUGGUCUUAGAAAAGUGACAAAUGACGUUAUCAAAUGCAGUGUCCUGAAGUAAUUCUGUUUUAAAAGAGAUUGAAUUGUAUUUGACUUGACCUAUUUGCCAUCUUUUCUAGUGUUUAAAACAAUGCACCAUUUGUUCCUUCCUAGGAAGUGGCAAACAAAAAACACAAAACAAAAAAACCAUUAACCUCAACCCAGGUCCAAGAGGAAAAUGAACAACAAAGCAAGGAGGUCAUGUUUCGGCUGAAGGUUGCAGAGAUGGGGCUAAAAGAAGUCUUUGAAAUUAGAGCACCGCAAAACCAGCCCAUCCUAGAUGCUCUUCAGGCUGAUGCAAGACUGGAGAAAAUCAAGAAGAAGAUCCCUAAAAUUUACCUCCAUCCCGAUGGCAAGACUACCGUCAAGGGGAUACCAAACAUUGGCAGCCCCUGCAGUGUGAUAGAAGGUGGAAGGUUCGAGGCAAGAUUUGGAAAAGAUCAGAACUGUAACAUGUAUAGUGAUGACGAGCUGAAAUGCAGUGAAAGGUAUAAGAUAUACUUAGAUGUUAGAAAUCGAAAGAACAAAACCAAGUGGCUGACCAGGAGAAACCCAAACUCGUUCGAUUUUCCGAUCUUGGUCGACUGCCUUCCCAAUGACACACUUUUAACAGCUUUGCUCAGAGAUGUGAGGAUUGACAACGAAAGGGUAAGGUAUACUAAACUCAUCUGCAAAGAUAGUGCUGGGGAGAUAAACAUUAAACUCACAGAUAAGUCUUCCUUUCAUCAUGACAGUGUUUUCACUUGUCAUGUGCUUAAAACCUCACAAGUCAGUGACCAAGAAUGGGGGAAAGGUUGUGCAGGACAAUAUGACAGAAUUUAUCAGACUACUGGUAUGUCAGACAGUAAAAAGAUAAGUACUGAGAUUGAGAACAUAGAUCCACAGGUAGAAAUAGCCAUGUCAGGUACUGACAGUAGUGGGAGUCUGCAGAAAGACAAGGUAACCCUAGAGGUAAAGAAGAUCAUACAUGGGAGCCAGACUCAAGUAGCCGAGCUCCUGAAGGUAGACUUUGAGCAGAAAGAGUCAAGCAAUGCAGAAAGGAAACGUAAGAGGAAAUUGGAUCAGUUUGCAGAGCCUUAUAGACAGGAUUUUUACAAUGCCAACAAGGGGAUCAGUGUCUUAUUGGUUGAGAAGCUUGGCAAGUUAGCUCGCUCUGUUGGUGUUCUUGUUAAAAAUGGCAAUCCUUAUGGUACAUGCUUCAGACUUGGCUCCAAGUACGUAAUGACUAACAGCCAUGUCACAGAAAUGGCUGAAAUGGCAGGCAUCUGCAGUAAUGCCUUUGUAUUCUUAAACUACAAGAAGUCGAGGGAUUUCGACAAACAGCCAUCAGAGGAUUUGUUGGAAUUCAAAGUUCUACGUGUCGUUUGUAGCAGUCAGGUUGGUGAUCUAGAUUACAGUCUGUUAGAACUGGACAUUCCUGAUGACCAGGCAGAAAGGCUUCCAAUAGGUGUAGGGCAUAAGAUAGUCAAGCAAGCUCAACAGAAUACAACUGUGACAAUCAUCGGACAUCCUGGUGGUAGGCCCAAAAAGGUAGACCCUAGCUGUCCCGUGGUGGGUCCAAAUCACAGAAUCACAGUUUAUCUGAAGUUCCACCCAGAACUUUGGGAUGAUUAUGCCAUGGUGUACGACGCAAAAAGAAAUAACUACAUGUCUGGGUUUGGUUCGGGUGCCUCUGGGUCACCAGGGUUUGAUGAAGAUGGGAACCUAGUAGUUAUGCACGCAUGUGGGUACCAUUUGUACGAUCGGUCUAAGACUGAGGUUGAACAAGGAGUCAGAAUGACGGCCAUAAGGGAUGAUCUCAAACAGCAUCUGCCAGCUGACUUGUGGGACGACUUAUUCCUUCCCCCAACAGAGAGCAUGGAAGUUGAUUAAGGAUAUUAUUGGUAAUUUACCAAUGAAUACAAAAAUGGGAAACUUGUAUUGCAUUGUGGUUACACCCAUGGGGUGCAUCAUAGUGAUAGGGUCGAAGUUUUGUUUUUUUGCUGAUCUUAGGGCAAAUUUUUUUGUUUGUUCUGGGGACAGGAUUAUACUU